AUGUUGAUAUGCUACAACUGUAAAAAUCCAGGGCAUCAUUGGAAGAAUUGUAGGGAUCCCCCUGCGAGUGUAGUACCUCAUAUUACUUCUGCAGUUCCCGUCUGCUAUCACUGCAACAAGACGGGACACAAGAAGCCUGAAUGCCCGAAGUUGAAGACUGGUAAAGGAGACAGGGGUACAAAUCCUGCAAUUGCAUCAUCCUCUAAGGGAACCACUAUGGUGACACGAGGUCGUGCUCACCAGAUGACUAUGGAGGAUCCGGUGAUUACAACGACAGUGGCAGACACUUAUUUGCUAGAUUCCAAGCCCGAUGUUGUUAUGUUUGAUAGCGGUGCUACCCAUUCUUUUGUAUCUCACACGUUUAUUAAUCGUUUGGUGCGUAAUAUCGGAAAAUUGGCUCACCCAAUGGUUGUCGAUGUUGUCGACAACCGCAUUAUUUAUGUCACCGAUGUUUAUCGGGGUUACACUCUCCAGUUUUCUGGAGUUGAAUUCCCCAUUGAUCUUAUCCCUAUUGCGAUGCGAGAGCUCUGCGUUAUCGUAGGCAUGGAUUGGCUUGAUGCGUUUGAUGCGGAAAUCCACUGUCGUAAGAAGCAACACUAG